AUGUUCAGUGACUAUGCAUCUAAAUUUUUGUCUAAUUCAAGAGUAGCGCCGUUAUUUGAGGGUGCCAGUGGAGGAUUUGACCCAGACACGGAAACGUUUCUAGGAGGAGUGGGCGAGUCUCUAGCAAGCUCCAAUGCGUCUAUUUCGGAGGACGAUCCGCCAGACGACAUUGCGAUUGAAACCGCACCUCAGUCGAUAGAUUCGACGAGGGCCAAGUAUCCGAACUGGGCGCAUUCUACGCGAGUAUGGCGGGGAGACAUGAAGCCUCCUCAGGAACAAGAUGAGGCAGUUUCUGAGGACGAGGGGGCGCAAGACUAUGUUGAACAGCCCGAACACGCAGCAAACUCACAACCGGCAAUAGAGCGCCGACCGCUGCUGGGCAGUCUGCCUGCAAACCACAUCCAAAUGGUCGUGACGGCUGUUUACCUUGUGGCGACAGCAUUUUCGCUAGCCACGGCCGCAUUGGUCUAUUUAACUACAAGCCCUACAUCCACCAGUGGUGCAUAUCCGAUUCUCGCUCGUUCGGCGGGCCAUUUGGUAGCCUAUGCUCUGGUUUCGGUGGUGGUUGCUGCGGGGUGGCUGGUCGCCAUGCAGCACCAUGCUCGGGAAAUGAUCCAGGUUUCUACAUUUGGCGUGCCUAUCGUGCUUGGGUUUAUUUCGCUUUAUGGCCUACUUUUCUCGUUUCACUCCGCGGCUGGUCAUGCGUAUGUCCAUUUAGCGUUGAGAAUGACUGCUUUGGCGAUUGGAGGACUCGCAGUUGGCUGGACCAUUGUUCUUCAAAAAAGCCGUCAUCUCGUUGGAAAGGCUACCGAGAUGGUGAUUCUAACAGUAGAGCUUGCAAAUUCACAGCCCAUAAUGUAUGCUGUUGCUGCUGUCGUCGGAGCCUUGUCCUUGAUCAUUACCGGUCUGUGGGGGGUCUUGUUAGCCCGAGGGUUUUUGGAAGGCCGACUGAGCGUUUUGUUUGCGCUUGGAUUCACUUUUUUGUAUCUGUGGACAUGGGAGCUGCUGUGCUGUCUGCAGAAAUGCGUAGUCGUAGGAAUGGCUGCUCAUUGGUAUCAUCAAGCGCCUCGGCCAACCACGCCCCAUCAAUCGCCUCCUCCGCCGCCGCCCGCGCCCAAAAUGGCCGGCCGGGAAGCGAUGGAGGCGGCAGUAUUUAAUGCCUUCACCGUGCAUUUUGGUAGUUGUUGUUUGGCAGCCUUCCUAAAAGUGUUUGGCCGAGUACCUUUGCUGGUCCUGCCGACGCGAGUUGGGGCUGCUCUCCAAGCUAUGGUUGCUACUGCCGGACAGCUAGUGGCCCUACCACUUCUUGAUUCUUUAGCAUUGAGUGCUGCUGUUGUACUACCUGGAACGCUUGCUACGGGUGCAUCUGCCGUGACGUUGCCGUGUUUUGCAGCCAUUGACCGUCAAGCCCAUCGAGUGGCCCGCAUACUGCUGUCUGCCGCGCGGAGCUGCGCUGCUCUGCUGGUCGCGGUUGUGGCGUGGAUCUAUGCAGAUCGUUCUGCUGUCCCGUCGAGCGUCUACGGCUACCUGGUGGGCUUUAUUGGCUUCUGGGUGGGAUGGACCAUCGUCGGCGCGGCAGACAACACUCUGGGCAUGGCGCUAGACGGGCUGCUGGUCGUGUAUGCACUAGACGGAAUGCCCAAGCGGAGACUCGAUGUCGAGCGCAUUUUUGCCGCCGCAGACGGACUUGUUUAA